GUGGCGUGCAAAGCAUGAUGGGACCCGGUUAUAAGCGACUUGCGGACCUACCUCAUAUCCUACUACUGUACGUGCGCUGACCUCUGACUGCCGCUCCGCUCCCUUCCCUCACAAACACGGAAGCAGCAUGGCGUCCAACAGCAGCAGCGGCUCCGGCGGCGGCUCCGGCGGCUCCGGCUCCGACAGGCAGCGUAUCGCCCGGCAAAGACUGCGAAUAAUCGCCGGACAUCUGCGGAGGCCCUCGGACGAGGGAUCGGGCGUCCACGCCGCCGAGUGCAAAGCUCAGGAUAGCAAGUCGAGCGGGCAAAAUACGAGAUCGGUGCCGAGGAGAAGGCAGGAGAUAAUGAAGUGGAACGGCUGGGGGUACAGCGACUCAAGAUUCCUCUUCAACAAGAAAGGUCAAGCAGAAUUCACCGGCAAAAGGUAUCGGCUAAGCGGUAUGAUCCUGCCAAGUCUGAAAGACUGGUUUGAAGGCACUUUUGGAGCCAGUCUACAGCACAAGACUCCAGCAACAUCAGUUUUGAACACCAGUGCUGUACCGCCUCCCACCCUUAAUGAGGCCUUUGUGGAGGAUCUGAAGUCCACAGACAUUCCCUUCUCCCACGAAGCAGAGGACCGCGUCUUUCGUGCCCAUGGCCAUUGCCUACACGAGAUCUUCGCUCUGCGAGAAGGGAAGAUUGGGCGUGUCCCCGACCUGGUGGUAUGGCCACACUGCCACAAUGAUGUAGUGAAACUUGUGGAGCUGGCGUGCAAGCACAACGUUUGUUUGAUGCCAUAUGGAGGAGGGACCAGUGUCUCCAGUGCUCUGGAGUGCCCCUCAGAGGAGACCCGGACCAUCGUCUCCCUGGAUACCUCACAGAUGAACCGCAUAUUGUGGAUUGACGAGAAGAAUUUAACUGCCCAUGUGGAAGCUGGCAUCAUCGGUCAGGAUUUGGAGGGACUGCUCAACGAGAGCGGCUACUGCACGGGACAUGAACCGGACUCCAUGGAGUUCAGCUCGCUGGGGGGCUGGGUGGCCACCAGGGCGUCGGGCAUGAAGAAGAACAUCUACGGUAACAUUGAGGACCUGGUGGUCCAUGUGAAAAUGGUGACGCCUCGAGGAGUGAUCGAGAAGGGUUGCCAGGUUCCGCGCAUGUCCACCGGGCCAGAUGUUCACCACUUCAUCCUGGGCUCAGAAGGUACCUUGGGUGUGGUUACAGAGGUAACCUUGAAGAUCCGCCCCAUGCCGGAGUAUCAGAAGUAUGGCUCGGUGGUAUUCCCCUGUUUUGAGCAAGGAGUCGCCUGCUUAAGAGAGGUUGCUAGACAGAGGUGUGCACCGGCAUCCAUUCGCCUCAUGGAUAAUGAGCAGUUUCAGUUUGGUCACGCCCUGAAACCUCAAGUGUCUUCAAUCUUCACAUCCUUUCUGGAUGGGUUAAAGAAAUUUUACAUCACCAAGUUCAAAGGGUUCGACCCCCACCGCCUCUGUGUGGCCACCCUGCUGUUUGAAGGGGACCGUGAGAAGGUCUUACAGCACGAGAAGCAAGUUUAUGACAUUGCUGCUAAAUUUGGGGGCCUGGCAGCUGGAGAGGACAAUGGGCAGAGGGGCUACAUGCUGACCUUCGUCAUCGCUUACCUUCGGGACUUGGGGAUGGACUACUAUGUGAUUGGGGAGUCGUUUGAGACCUCCGUGCCUUGGGACAGGGUGUUGGACAUUUGCCGGAACGUCAAAGAGCGCAUCGUAAGAGAGUGUAAAGAGAAGGGAGUGCAGUUUCCGCCAUUGUCCACAUGCAGAGUGACUCAGACGUACGACGCCGGUGCCUGUGUCUACUUUUAUUUUGCCUUCAACUACAGGGGACUCGGCGAUCCCAUACACGUAUACGAUCAAGUGGAGCAUGCAGCCAGGGAAGAGAUCCUCGCCAAUGGAGGGAGUUUGUCACAUCACCACGGAGUGGGCAAACUUCGGAAAGAGUGGAUGAGGGAGACGGUGUCCAGCGUGGGCGUGGGGAUGCUGCAGUCGGUCAAAGACUACCUGGACCCCGACAACAUCUUCGGCAACAGGAACCUCCUCUAACUCGCCGUUAAGUUCAAGACGAACGCGCUUUCUGGAGCUCUGUGCCUUUCUGAAGCGAUGUCUGCCUUUCCCUCCUCCACCCCCG